GUGGAUGGUGAAGCCAAGAAACUACUGGGUUUAGGACAGAAACAUCUGGUGAUGGGGGAUAUUCCAGCAGCUGUCAAUGCAUUCCAGGAAGCAGCUAGUCUUUUAGGUAAAAAGUAUGGAGAAACAGCUAAUGAAUGUGGAGAAGCCUUCUUUUUCUAUGGUAAAUCACUUCUGGAGUUGGCAAGAAUGGAGAAUGGUGUAUUGGGCAAUGCUCUGGAAGGUGUGCAUGUGGAAGAGGAGGAAGGAGAGAAAACAGAAGAUGAGUCUUUGGUGGAAAAUAAUGAUAACAUAGAUGAGGAAGCAAGGGAAGAGUUGAGAGAACAGGUUUAUGACGCGAUGGGAGAAAAAGAAGCCAAAAAAACAGAAGAUAGAUCUCUGGUAAAGCCUGAAACUGGUAAGGAACAAGAGACUGAAAUGGAGACAGGAGGAAGAGAAGAUACGGAUUUAAGCGAGCCUGCAGAAGAGCUACGGGCAAAAGUUGAAUCAACCCCACAUCAGUUAACUGAAAACACCAACAAGGCAAAUGGAGCGGCAGCACCAGGACUAAAUGAAGCUGAGGUUGCUUCUGGAAAGCCAGAACAGGAAACACCAGGUGCUGAGGAAGGAAAAUCAGUAUCUGGAACAGACGUUCAGGAAGAAGAGUGCAAAGAAAAAAGAGAUCAGGAGAAGGAAGGAGAAAUAAUUGUGAAAAUGGAGGAAAAGCAUAAAGAAGCUUCAGAAGAACUAUCUGUUGUAACUCCAGAAGAACAGGGCACUGGAGUGGAGGGAGAAGCAUCACCUAGAGAGCCAGCAGUCAAGCCAGUGGAUUUGGGUGGGGAGGAGCCAGAGGAGCAGGUUCAUUCAUCUGAAAAUGAGCCAGGAAAGGCUGUUCUUGAGGAGUCACCAGAGGUGGAAACAGAGGCUUCAUCAGAACUUUCUGAGAAGGAUGGUCCAGACAGUGGGCUGUCAGCUGCAGGAGACCAGACGCCUGUUGAACCACAAACAUCUGCAGGAGAACCAAAAGGUGGCUCAGGAGUAGAGGUCAGAGCAGAGCUGGUUCCUAGCCAGGUGGAGACUAAACUGUCCGUAGAAGAGUCUGAGGCAGCUGGAGAUGGGGAUGAGACCAAGGUAGCCCCAGAGGCUACUGAGAAAUCACCUGAAGACAAAGUUAAGAUAGCUGCUAAUGAAGAGACAGAAGACAGAGAAGAACAGAUGAAAGAGGGUGAAGAAACUGAAGGCUCAGAAGAGGAAGAUAAAGAAAAUGACAAGGCUGAAGAAAUGCCAAAUGAUUCAGUUCUUGAAAACAAGUCUCUUCAAGAAAAUGAAGAGGAAGAGAUUGGGAACCUAGAGCUUGCCUGGGAUAUGUUGGAUUUAGCAAAGAUCAUUUUUAAAAGGCAAGAAACAAAAGAAGCUCAGCUGUAUGCUGCACAGGCACAUCUUAAACUUGGAGAAGUUAGUGUUGAAUCUGAGAACUACGUGCAAGCUGUGGAGGAAUUCCAGGCUUGCUUAAACCUGCAAGAGCAGUACCUCGAAGCCCAUGACCGUCUCCUUGCAGAGACCCACUAUCAGCUAGGCCUGGCCUAUGGGUACAACUCUCAGUAUGAUGAGGCGGUGACACAGUUCAGCAAGUCUAUUGAAGUCAUUGAGAAGAGAAUGGCUGUACUAAAUGAGCAGAAGAAGGAAGCUGAAGGAUCAUCUGCUGAAUAUGAGAAAGAAAUUGAGGAGCUGAAGGAACUAUUACCUGAAAUUAGAGAGAAGAUAGAAGAUGCAAAGGAGUCCCAGCGUAGUGGGAAUGUAGCUGAAUUGGCUUUGAAAGCUACUCUGGUGGAGAGUUCUACUUCAGGUUUCACUUCUAGUGGAGGAGGCUCCUCAGUCUCCAUGAUUGCCAGUAGAAAGCCAGCAGAUGGUGCUUCCUCAUCAAAUUGUGUCACUGAUAUUUCCCACCUUGUCAGGAAGAAGAGGAAACCAGAGGAAGAGAGCCCCCGGAAAGAUGAUGCAAAGAAAGCCAAACAGGAGCCAGAGGUGAAUGGAGGCAGUGGGGAUGCGGUCCCCAGUGGAAAUGAAGUUUCGGAAAACAUGGAGGAGGAAGUUGAGAAUCAGGCAGAAAGCCGGGUAGCAGUGGAGGGGACAGCGGAGGCUGGAACUACAGUUGAAAGCACUGCAUGUUGA